UGUAUUUCACUCUAGCUCCCAGUCCCAUCAUGCAUCACUUUCGACACUUGCAAACCUGCACCCGCCUUCAACUGUAGCAAAGAACUUAUACUGGCUUCUAUACUCUUUGACUGUAGGCACAACUCUACUUUUACUUUGUAAACUUUUUUUUUAAAGUAGUGACUUAAUGCUACUUGAUAUUGUGUAUUCCAUAGCUUUGUUUUGACUCUCCGUACAGUAAACUGACGUCCAAGAAAUUUGUCUCAUUGACUUAGAAGGUAAACGUUGCUAUAGCUACACUUUCGGUAGUUGUGUAUUCACAUAAUGCUGCCACGAGAGCGCGCGAGACGGUUGUCGUAUCGUUUAAUGGGUAAUAUCGAAAGAUAGAGCCCGUAGAUAUGUCGGUUGUAAGCUUACAAUUGGGUCAGUGUGGGAAUCAGAUCGGACACGAGCUCUUCAGUGUCAUAAGCGAUGAUUCAAAUGGACCAAACAGAAAGAAGUACAAGCAAUGCAGUGAUGAGAGAUUCUUUUAUGAAACCUCAACUGGAGAACUUGUGGCGCGGUCAGUACUUGUUGAUAUGGAGCCCAAGGUUAUCUCUCAAGCAAUAGCCAAGGCUUCAAAAUCUGGAAGAUGGAGGUACGGAGACAAAGCACAUUUCUCCCAGAAGCAGGGCUCUGGAAACAACUGGGCAAAUGGGUUCUGUGUUCAUGGACCACGUCAUGAAGAGGCUGUGGAGGAUCUGGUGCGGAUGGAGAUCGAGCGAUGUGAUCGUCUUGCAGGGAUUUUCACCAUGAUGAGUGUUGCAGGUGGCACCGGUUCUGGUGUGGGUACCUAUGUCACUCAGCGUUUGAGGGACAUAUACCCCCAGUCCUUCAUCCUAAAUCAAGUGACAUGGCCCUAUGGAGCUGGUGAGGUGAUUGUGCAAAACUACAACUCUGUGCUCACACUUUCACGUCUCUACCAGCUCUCUGAUGCUAUUCUGGUUCACGAGAAUGACACCGUGCACAAAAUCUGCAGCCAGCUGAUGAACAUCAAACACAUCUCCAUCAGUGACGUUAAUAAGGUGAUCGCUCACCAGCUGGGCAGCGUGCUUCAGCCCGCUUAUACUGCUGAUUCACCCUGCCAUUACAGCAGAAAUCCCAUAGGGGAAUUACUGAGUUCUCUGGUGUGUCACCCCGAGUACAAACUGCUCAGCUUGUGUAACAUUCCUCACAUGUCCAGCACGUCUCUGGCCUAUAGUGUGUUUAACUGGCCUGGCCUGCUCAAACAUUUACGUCAAAUGCUCAUCGCCAGCGCUAGGAUGGAAGAAGGAAUUGACUGGACAGUAAGUGUCACAUCAGGAGGAGAGAGUGCGACAAACAGCAGGCAUAAAAGUUUCAAUUCGUCACUUGCUAAUCUUCUAAUACUGCGGGGGAAAGACGUCUCUACUGCGGUUACAGAUGGUUUUAAGGAUCCUGCAUUAUAUGUGCCAUGGCUUAAAACAGAAAAUAGUUUCAGCACUUGGAACUCCCCUGUAGCCUUCAAUGGAUAUGAAAAGUCAGCCACUUUGGUCAGCAACAAUCAGUCCCUUUUAAAACCACUGGACAAUAUAGUCAGGAAGGCUUGGAACAUGUUUGCCUCAAGGGCUUAUGUUCAUCAGUACACAAAGUUUGGAAUCUCUGAGGAGGAUUUUCUGGACAGUUUUACUGCAGUAGAGCAGAUCAUCUCCAGCUACACACACCUCUGAUUAACCCUCAUAGACGGCUCAUCAUAAAGAUUUGACAAUACUGAUUUCAUAUGAUUGCAUAUUAGAUUUACUGGCCUCUGGAGAAGUAUAUUUGUUAAAAUAGGGCUGUUAAAUUCAUCAUUUUGUGAUGUAAAAAUAUUUAUUUCUGCCUUUUAAAGCUCUAACUAUACAAUGGAUAAUUUAUAAGUAUUUAAAUAAUUUGAAACAAUUUUAAUGAGAUAAAAGCAGUGUUUAAUUAUGAUGCUUAUUCACUUUUUUCGAGCCAUUUUAUGAAUACCCAUUCUGCAAGAAAGUUGAACUGGAAAAAUAACAAGACCUUCAAAAUGUCUUAGUUUUCCCUGUGUUUUUUUUUUUUUUUUUUCUCUCUCUUCUCCAGCAUGAUUUGAGAAUGAUUCAAAGAGCAUCUUGAGCUUCAAUGGAAGCACAAACAUCUGGCCGUCACAUGAUCAAUGUCACAAAUUUAGAAGACCUGAAAAAAUAGUGUUGAAUUUUUAGAAUAUUUAUUAUUUUAUUAUUAUUAUUAUUACUAUGAUGAUAAAUUGCCAGGUGGUCUCUCUGUCCCUGAUAUUUUUGUUUACUGAUUACCUUACCGCUUACGAUUACAGAUUGCUUGCAAUUUAUAAGUAUUGCCAAUUUUUUUUUUUUUUUGUCUCUGAUAUUUAUUACCUAUUAUAGAAUUAAUGAUUGUGUGGUUUUUAGUGUUUCUGAUUCUAUUUUUUUUUUUUUUUUUUUUUUUU